CUUUCUUUCGGGUCCGCAGGCCUUGAGCCUCGCCCUGCCCUGGGUGGGCGUCUGGAGCCUGUGACAGGUCCCCGUGACCUCGGGUGGUUUAUCCUGGCAGGGGGCGGCACCAGCUGUGACCUGCCGACAUUACUGCUGCCUCGGUGUUUAACCCGCCCAGCCGCCGGUGCUCUGGGAGCCGACGGUUGCGCCUCCCCCGCCCUGAAGGGAGGAGGAGGAGACGUGAGGGGUGUUUGUUUUGGUACGGGUGUUGCUGUGUCGUCCUGCUCCGUGUCCAGGCACAUGGUGACCAGAAAUGAGAGAAAUACCCCCUUGGAAUAGUGUAGCUGUCCCCCAGUGAAAUAUAUGUUCCUGUGGGUCCACAAACAAGGAGGUUGCUUCAGUGUGGACAAACCCAUUGGUUGGUGCAGCAGGAAGGGAUUUCAGUCCGGAAUGGAAGUCCGGUCUUCAUUUGAUAAAUUUAGUCAAUCAUCUGAAUCUGUGUCCACAUUAAACAGUGAAGAAUUUGUCUUGGUUCAUCAGCAACCUGAGGAUCCCCAUGCAAAAGAUGAGAAACCUCAACUAAAAAUAUUUUCAAAUGGAGAUGAACAGCUGGAGAAAGCCAUGGAAGAGAUACUGAGAGAUUCUGAAAAAGGCCAAAAAAGUUAUAUUACUGACUGUAAAGACUCCAGUGAUGCUUGUAGAGAGUCAGCUGAAGAUGUGUCAGCCAGUCAGACAAACCAACCUUCUUUACAUCUAAUUCUGGACCCUUCCACGACAGAAAUCUUGGCACCUAGACCCUGUUCCCCUAAUGAACUCCCAGAAGAGGACAGUGUAUUAUUUAACAAAUUGAUGUAUCUAGGUUCUAUGAAAGUUUCUGCUCCUCGUAGUGAGUCAGAAGCUCUACGUGCUAUGGAAGCUUUGAAAUCCUCAUGCCAGUCUUCUUUUCCUGUGACUCUCUAUGUUCCGAAUAUCCCAGAAGGCUCUGUAAGAAUAAUAGACCAAACCGGCAAUACAGAGAUAGCCUCUUUCCCAAUCUAUAAGAUAUUGUUCUGUGCACGUGGACAAAAUGGAACUGCAGAGAGUGACUGCUUUGCAUUUACUGAAAGCUACUGUGGAACGGAGGAGUUCCAGAUUCAUGUUUUCUCCUGUGAGAUUAAAGAGGCAGUCAGCAGAAUUUUAUAUAGUUUCUCAACAGCGUUCAGACGAUCUUCCAAACAAGCCUCAGACUGUGUUAAGGACUCUGUUCUUCCUACCACAGAUAGUGAUGUGUUCACUUUCAGUGUCUCCUUAGAGGUUAAAGAAGAUGAUGGUAAAGGAAAUUUUAGCCCUGUACCAAAGGACAGAGAGAAAUUUUAUUUCAAACUGAAACAGGGAAUUGAUAAGAAAGUUGUGAUCACCGUCCAGCAACUUUCAAACAAAGAAUUGGCCAUUGAAAGAUGCUUUGGGAUGCUGUUGAGCCCAGGUCGAAAUGUGAAGAACAGUGACAUGCAUUUACUUGAUAUGGAGUCCAUGGGAAAGAGCUGUGAUGGGAGAGCAUAUGUUAUUACUGGAAUGUGGAAUCCUAAUGCACCUACUUUUCUAGUACUUAAUGAGGAAACACCUAAAGAUAAACGUGUGUACAUGACUGUGGCAGUGGAUAUGGUGGUCACUGAAGUGGUAGAGCCAGUCCGUUUUUUGCUGGAGACUGUUGUUCGCGUGUACCCAGCUAAUGAGCGUUUCUGGUAUUUCAGCAGAAAAACCUUCACAGAAACUUUUUACAUGAAGCUAAAACAGUCUGAAGGGAAAAGCCACACAAAUGCUGGAGAUGCAAUUUAUGAAGUUGUAAGUCUGCAGCGGGAGUCUGAGAGAGAUGACGAAUUGGUCAGUCCAACAAGUAGAGGGGGUCCACUAUCUCCACAGGAGGAUGAGGCUGAAGAAGAGAGUGAUAACGAACUCUCAAGUGGUACUGGUGAUGUGUCUAAGGAUUGUCCUGAGAAGGUCUUGUAUUCCUGGGGAGAAUUACUGGGGAGAUGGCACAAUAACCUUGCUGUGCGACCAAAAGGACUGUCUACACUGGUGAAGAGUGGUGUUCCAGAGGCACUAAGGGCAGAGAUUUGGCAGUUGCUAGCAGGAUGCCAUGACAACCAGGCCAUGUUGGACAAAUACAGGAUUCUCAUUACAAAGACAGAGAGAAUGAACAACUGGCAAGUGUUUUGGAGAUGUUAUAAAAUCAAAAAAAACCUUCUGUACAGCAUGAUGAUGCACCCUGGAAAAUUAACUUCAAAAGAAUGCUUUCUAUCAAACUACUGCAUCAGAAGUGGAGAAAAUGUUUCUUUUCUAGUGAAUGAAAUUCCUUCAGAAGGAGCAGUGAAGACUAUCAAAAGCAUCAGUGAGAUGUUAGUACUUUUAAAGGGACAUUAAACAAAUGCUAAUAUAAUAUCUAAAUGACCUUGGAAAUCUUUUUAUUUGGAUUGAUUCAUUCUUGUCUGCCUCUUCCUAAUCUCAGGAAUUCUAGGAUUAAAGAUAUUUUUAGUAUUUCUGGGUUUUUUUAAAAACAAGACUGUGUACAUUUAGUAACCAAGCUAAUGGUCCUUGCACUAAUCAAGCAGUUACUCAGAAAUGAAUACAGAAGAGGCUUUCUUUAACGUAUGGCUGUUCCAUAACCGCAAAUACAAUUAACAGGUAAUGUCCAGCUAUUAGAAGAUCUGGUUUUUAAAGCAGUGGUUUAUCAUGCUAAUCGUCUAAAAAAAACAGAAAGUCUGUGGCAGCCUAGAAGAUGAAGCUGAAUGACAGAAUAAUAGAGUAAACAA